AUGAAGGAAAUUUUCUUCAUGCUCAUGGCCAUCAUGGCUAUCGCUCUUGGUCAAAGUGCGGAGGUGAGCACGUCCGACAUGAAAGCGAUCCGCGAACGUACUCUCAACGCACCUGUGGCUACCCAAGCUGGCGCCAACCACGAGAAGUCAGCGAUCUACAGUAUCACCGUCAUUCGACACUUAUCGACCACAUCCACCCUCAUAACUGAGACUGGAGUAAGAACGGAACCUCUGGAGCAGACGAUUCCGUUCACGAUGGACAGUGGUUCGACCUGGACAUCAAUCUCAACCACAGGCACCAGCACAUAUACUGCAACAUCAACAUGGUGGAGCCCUGUAGUCACGGCCUGGAACGAGACUGACAUUCAACCUGUGAUGGUGCAGGGCCCUACCGCUACCACCGGUUCUUCUGCUGUUGUGACGUCCAGCACUGUGAUCACAGCUACCAGCGAGCCAAAUCUAACAUCAGCGGAAGCUUCUACUCGCCAACGUCAUAAGGUAAUUGCCUGGAGCUCCGCAGGUGGGUUCUUGGGCCUUUUCAUACUUAUCGGGGGAGGCUGGCUAUUCUGGAAAAACAAGCAGCAUAAAGAACAGCAGCGCAGAAACCGGCUUCCAUUCCCUUCUAUCGGUGGAGGAUUUCCAGGGGAUGGCUCAUCGCGUCCCAUGUCACCAAUACCCAUGUUGCCAAGAGCUCGCACAACCACCCCUUCAAUCGUCAUUUCAUCCCCGCUAUCGAAUCCAGCUCUAGUGACCUCUGACUCCCAUAGAGCAGAACCGCUGAGGAAUGCGCACUUGGUCCAACAAACGGCAAACGGUCCACCAGUUCAGCUGGGUGACAUGGCUCCUCUCCGACCAGCUCGGCCAGCUAGCUUGACGGAAUCGAUCCAAGAGUCCAUGGACACAAUCCCAAUUGGUGUCGCAAUGGAUUUGAUUAAGUCGGCCAACACAUCGCCUGUGAUGCAACCUCGUGGAGACGAACAUAGAUCUUUCAUCCCUGUCGCUAUCGUCAAGAAGAAGGCAUCCGGAAAAGUGUCAAUGACCACUACCAACAGCACCGAGCCACAAAUUGGCGACCCAGACCAAAGAUUCCACGAGGAUAUCGCAGAGCAGGUUGGCGAGGCGCUUGAUCAGUCGUCAGAUGGUGUUGGUCAAGCAGAUCCAGCUGCUAGUCUUGCUUCUCACUCUCAGAAUCCACCCCGUACUAACCCGAACACGUUCGAUGAUGAUGAGAGUGAUGAUGACGUUAGAGAGCAGCGACGAGUAUCAACCCUGCGACAACUAGAUCCCACUGGAUUCCAGCCUUCAUCUCAACCAAGACGUGUCCCCCCUGUCUCCCGUGUUGCUCGCCCUCAGCGGGGAUUGGGGCGCGCCAGAUCUGGAACAGCUCCCGGUGCCAGACGUGCAUUAGCAACAGCUUCUGCCCCAAGACGUGGCCUAUCCUCCCUUGGAGAGCGCGACACCACCGUGGCUGAUCUUAAGGCCCUAGCAAACCGAGAUCAGGACAAGUUGUGA